GAAUUUGAUCGAAGUGUCUCUAAAGUUUUUCACGUGUCAAAGUUUUUAUGUCCAUUCAAAAUAUAGUAAAAUUACACAUUAAUUUGACGUAUGGAGCGAUUUUUUAAAUUAUCAUAGAUCUUUAAAUGGAUGAACAAUUGAAAAACCAAAAGAAUUAACAAGAAAUUAAAUAUUUCAUAAAAAAAGGAGCUAAAAAUAUUGAAGCUUAUCGAGAGAAAUUACUUUAAUAUCAAGAUGCCAACUAUUGGAAUAAAACGUGAUUUAUUAUUUCAAGCAUUGGAUAAAACAUAUUCUGAUGAUGAAUUUCAAGAUUUGUGUUUCAAAUUUGGUUUGGAAUUAGAUGAGGUGACAACAGAAAAACAAAUGAUAGCGAAAGAACAAGGCUCUAGUCAAGAAGAUGCAUCUGAAGAUAUCAUCUAUAAAAUUGAUAUACCUGCUAACAGAUAUGACCUUUUGUGCUUAGAGAGUUUAAGUGUUGGACUACUUAUCUUUUUGAACAAGAUACCUAUUCCACAUUAUAAGACAAUAAAAUCAAAAACAGGAAUAGAAAAAAUUGUGAUGAGUCCAGAAUGCUUAAAAAUAAGAGGCCACAUAGUUGCAGCAAUUUUGCGUAAUGUAACUUUGACACAAGAUUCUUACAAUAGUUUUAUUGAUCUUCAAGAUAAAUUGCAUCAAAAUAUAGGAAGAAAGCGCAGUCUAGUUUCUAUUGGUACUCAUGAUUUAGAUACAAUUAAAGGCCCAUUUUUAUAUGAUGCCAAACCACCAACGGAGAUAUGUUUCAAACCACUUAAUCAGGACAAAGAAUAUACAGGUGAAGGCAUCAUGCAAUUGUAUGCAACACAUUCGCAACUCAAGCAAUAUUUGCCCAUCAUAAAAGACAGUCCUGUUUAUCCAGUGAUAUAUGAUAGUAAUGGAAUUAUUUUGUCUCUUCCUCCUAUCAUUAAUGGAGAUCAUUCAAAGAUAACUCUUAAUACAAAAAAUAUUUUUAUUGAAUGCACUGCAACUGAUCUCACAAAGGCAAGAAUCGCAGUGGACACUAUAGUCUGUGCUUUCAGUCAGUAUUGCAGCAAGAAAUAUGUAGCUGAAACUGUAGAAGUGGUAUAUCCUGAUAAUCAAACUUUUUAUUACCCAAGUUUAAAGUAUCGAGUGGAAGAAAUUAACUGUAAUAAAGCACUAAAUUAUAUUGGUAUUAAACAGACACCAGAACAGAUUGCACAGUUAUUGUCAAAGAUGUCAUUAAAAUCUAAAGUAAAGGAUAAUGAUAAAUUAGUUGUAGAAAUACCACCAACAAGACACGAUGUGAUACAUCUUUGUGACAUUUAUGAAGAUAUUGCCAUUGCCUAUGGAUACAAUGAAAUAGAAAAAACUAUACCACAUAUGUCAACAAUUGCAGCAGAGUUUCCACUCAACAAACUUACUGACCAGAUACGAAUAGAACUUGCAGAGGCAGGAUUUACCGAGGCAUUGACUUUUUCUCUGUGUUCACGUGAAGAUGUAGCAGAUAAAUUGGGUUAUAAAAUAGAAGAUGUACCAGCAGUUCAUAUAUCUAAUCCAAAAACUUUGGAGUUUCAGGUUGCACGUACUUCACUCUUACCAGGAUUACUGAAAACGAUAUCUGCUAAUAAGAAAAUGCCGUUGCCUCAUAAAUUGUUUGAAGUUUCUGAUGUUGUAUUACGAGACGAUAAGACAGAAGUUGGUGCGCGUAAUAAUCGUCGUUUAUGCGCAGUAUAUGCUAAUAAAUCAGCUGGUUUUGAAAUCAUUCAUGGCUUAGUAGAUAGAAUAUUAUUAUUACUAGAAGUACCCUGGAGCACUAACAAAGACAAAAGCGGAUAUUAUUUGCAUGCAGCUGAUGACCCAACAUUCUUCCCUCAACGAUGUGCUGAAAUUGUUUGCAAUGGUGAAGUAAUAGGAAAAAUGGGAGUUUUACAUCCCAAUGUACUUUCAAAGUUUGAAUUAAAUGUUCCAUGUUCUGCUAUGGAAAUAAACAUUGAACCAUUUUUAUAAAGGAUGUUGUAAAGAUUAUGCCAAUGUUUGUGAGCGAGUAAACUGAACAGAUACAUCAUCUCUUCUCGUUGCCAUGCACUCGUUUCUGGCUACUCUGGCACGCCUAUCAACAUAAAGCGGUAUCCGUAUAUAAACAAUAUAUUAAAUAAUAAUAAUCGGAAAAAUUGAAAGAGAUAAAGCAUGAAAACGGCCAUUUUUCUUUUUUUCUAAGCAUUCUAAGUAACAGGUCGUCUUCAUUGUUCUUUUUUUAACGACCAUUUUACAUAUGAAUAGCGCAUGCUUUAUGCCGAUGGCUCGCCUAUCGCGUACGUCCUGUAGUCUAGCUACGCCUCUUAUUGCUUCACCGCAGAGUUUCAUCGUUGUCGCCAUUGUGUUUUGAAGAGCGUUCUCCCACCAUUUCGCCACGUGUCAUCAUGUUAAAAUGGGACAAUUUUGCUGUCGCGCGGAUUGGCUAAUCUUUAUAAAUUAAUAUCUAGUUAAUUAUUGUGGAAAUCACAAAAUGAUACGAGACUUUUUUUAUUCGAUUUAGUCGCUCUAUCAGCACAUGAUGGAUGA